AUGCUAUUCGUGGCGAUCUUCUGCUCCUCUUUGGCGACCACUGAUUUUAUUAAACUUGUUCAGCGCGAAACAUUGCGCUUGCAAAAUGUGGUCCUCAGUAUUCCUUUCUGUGCCGCCGUCGUCAUCAUUUCAGCACCCAGCUCGCGCCGAAACGGCGAAUUAUCGGACUUCGGCGUCGACACGAUUGCACAUAUAAGCCCGACUCAUUUCCUGCUGCUCAGUCCAUCGCACCCGCAGUACUCGUUGGAAAUGGCGCAUCAUAUCCUCGUUGCUUCGUACAGCAACGACAUCGUUACCCUCACCUUCGAUCCCAAGACCGCGUCGUUGGAUGUGACAUCUAGCACCACUGUAGGCCACCACCCAUCUUGGAUCGCAUCUCAUCCGAGCCAUCCUUCUAUAGUAUGGACAGGCCUGGAGCAAUACGACGGAAAGAUACUCGCCCUCACGCACGAUGACACUGGAUUCUUGGACAAAGUCGCAGAAGUCACCAGCGGCGGACGUGAUCCGUGCUGCUUGCUCGCUCUCGAAAACGAGGUCUUAGUGGCCAAUUACUCCUCAGGGUCGGUGGCCGUCCUGCCCGUGUCCGGAAAACCUCUGAAAUUCGCCGCUUCUCCAUCCAUAGUUCAAUUGAGUGGCGUUGGACCCAACAAGUCGCGACAAGAAAGUUCCCAUCCCCAUCAGGUUAUCUUGCAUGAGGAAUACCAGGAAAUCUUUGUCCCAGAUCUAGGAUCGGACUGUGUUUGCAGACUCAAGAAAGACAAAGAUGGCUCGUGGAAGUUGGCCGGGCACGUUGGGAUCGAAGCAGGGGGUGGACCGCGCCAUGUCGCGUUCUACAAGGGCGAUAUGUUUACUUUGCUUGAGUUGACCAGCAAGGUCGUGCGACAUCGCCUCCCUCCACUACCAGAAUUCCCCAAAUUCAUCAAAUCUGUGCCCACCAUGUCGAACCCGCCACCUACACCUAACGAUAUGCUCGCGGCAGAAAUUUUGAUCCCAACCCCUAACGCUUCGUUCCCGACCCCCUAUCUUUACCUCUCGAAUCGCAAUGAUCCGUCGCCCGAAGGUGACAUCAUAUCUAUAUUUUCUAUCGAGGAACCCGACAGUCUUGAACUCAUCGCCGAGGUCAGAACCGGGCUGAAGCAUGUGCGCGGAAUCGUGUUCGGCGGGCCCGACGACAGGUAUCUGAUUGCAGGCGGCGCAAAUGGUGGGGGAGUCAAAAUGUUUGAGCGGAUUAACGGCGGCAAGUCGCUGAAAGAGAUCGCGUCAAAUGACUCUGUUCAAGCGCCAACGGGGUUCCUCUGGCUUUGA